UGCCAAGCAGCACUUUCAAGCAUACUAGAAGCUAAAAAUCUGACGAGGUAAAAGUCAGAGGAGCGUUCCCUCACGUGGGCUUGAAAGUUUCGUAGUGGUCAAUGCUACCUAUGGAAGCACCGCGUUUCCCACUCGACUAUUGGCGGGCCGAUGCCCGCGUCCUUUCUACAUCCUCGUUCGUUUUCCUCGCCCUUCUCGCCGCGGCGACAUGUGCGGCAGCAACCGCCGUGGGGGUGGACGGGGCCCACGUCACGCGUCAGCACCUGCGAAGCAUGUCGUGGCAGCAGCGCCAGGCGCUGGCGUGGGCGUGCGCGCGCUCCUCCUCAGCGGCGGGUCAUCAUGAAGCCGCGGGCGCGCGAAGCGGCAGGCGGCCGUGGUAUGCGGGCGUGGCGAUGGAAGGGCGGCGGCGGUUGAGCGGCGGGCAGAGGGAGGCGUUUGAGCGGCGCAUGCAGGCAGUGCUGGCGGCCAUGAUGGCGCGCCCACGGACGCGGACAGGCGGGGCGGCGGGGAGAGUGACAGAGGAGGACGGGGGAGAACAAGAGUCGGGAGGAGGGCGGAGAGGCAUGGAGUCCGUGGAGAUUUUGGGGGCGCGGCUGAGAGGGAGCGAGCAUGGGGGGGGAAGACGUAGCGGAGGAGCGGCGGGGGAUAGUGGGGAUUGGGAGAGGCGGUACAAUGUGGGGCAGGUAUGUGCUGAGCUGGAUGCAAGCCAGUCGCCCAGCACUGUGGCGGCAGAGCCAGUGCGGGGCUUUGUGGCGGCGCAGCAGCGCAUGGAGGCCGUAGUGAGGGAUGGGGGGGGCAGUGAUGGGUGGGCGCGGGAGAAGGCGGCACUGGUUGAGUUCCGGGCAGCGCUAACGCCAGCAUCACAGCAAGUGCUGAAAGAAUGGUCGCUCACCUCCACGGUGCCCAUGUGCCGCUGGACUGGGGUUGUGUGCUCCCAUGAGAUGGGCCAACCGGGUGCUGCUAACGCCACCGCCGUUGCUGCUGCCGCUGACAGCAGUGUGAGGCGCACCCCCGACGCCGUGGUGGGGGUGGUGCUCUCCCAGCUGGGCCUACAAGGCACCAUCUCCUCGUCCCUCGCGUCCCUCCCGUCCCUGCAGUACCUGGUGCUCUCAGAGAACGAGCUAUCCUCCUCCAUCCCCUCGUCCCUCGUGCUCCUCCCCGCCCUCACCCUCCUGGACCUCUCCAUCAACAGGCUGUCCGGCACCAUCCCCUCGUCACUCUCCCGUCUCUCCGCCUUGGUCUCUCUCAUGCUCUCCGGCAACCAGCUCUCCGGCUCCAUCCCCGCCACCCUGGGCGCCUUGCCAUCCCUGCGCUACCUCUACCUCGGGGACAACUCCCUCUCCUCCUCCAUCCCCGCCUCCCUGGGUCGCCUCUCUUCGCUGUCCGAGCUGGCCCUGGGCACCAACAGGCUGUCGGGCAGUGUGCCGCUGGUGCUGUCGUCGCUCACCGCGCUCGUUAUCCUCGACAUCGUCACCAACCGCCUCGCAGGGCCCCUCCCCUCGCGCGUCUUCUCCGCCUGGUGCCCUGCCGCCUUCACCAUCGAAAUCACUGGAAACGCCUUUUCUGGCCACCUUCCCGACUUUUCGGCAUGCACGGGGCUCGUAUGGCUGGAUGCAGGGAUGAACGCGUUCAGCGGCAGCAUCCCCUCGUCUGUGAGCCGCAUGGCGUCGCUGGAAGCCCUCAUCCUCCUCAACAAUUCUCUCUCAGCCUCGCUGCCCCUGGCCCUCGCCUCCCUGCCUGCCCUGGGCCAGCUGGACCUCUCCAGAAAUAACCUCUCUGGGCGCAUCCCCCCUUUCUGCGCCUCUCCCAAGCACGCAAGCCUGCGCAGUCUCCGCUUGAGUGGCAAUCAGAUGAGCGGGGCUGUGCCGGCGUCACUAGGCAGGUGUGGGGGGCUGGAGAACCUCUUUCUGGACGACAACCGCCUGUCGGGCUCCCUCCCUGCCACCUUCCGCAUGCUGCGCCGCCUUAGGCUGGUCCGCCUGGAGCGCAACCGACUGUGGGGCCCACUGCCGUUGGCGCGGCUGGAGAACAUCACGGAGAUAUGGCUGGACGGCAACGCGCUGUCGGGGCCCAUACCACUGGACCUCAGCUCUGCUGAGCGCCGCUUCAUCUACUUCUCCGCCCCGCACAACCGCUUCAGCGGCGCACUGCCUGCGUCGCUGGGGCAGCUGGUGAUGCUGGACCUGUCAUUCAAUCGGGUGAGCGGCCCCAUCCCGCCCGCCUUCAUGGCCGCCACCGCCAACCUCUCCGUGCUGCUGCUCCCCGGCAACCGCCUCUCCGGAUCCAUCCCCGCUCAAAUCACGUCGCUCACCGCGCUGAAGCUGGUGGACCUCAGCCGCAACGCACUGCACGGCGCCCUCCCGGCGAACCUAGCUGUGCUCUCGCUCCUGCAAGAGCUGUCCGUGGACAGCAACAACCUCACAGGCGCCAUCCCACCAGACAUCGCCCAGCUGCCUGGGCUCAUGCGCCUGGACCUCAGCAACAACCGCCUAUCAGGAACAAUCCCUCAGUUUCUUGGAGCGGCCACUGCUGGUGUCCCCAGUGCUGGCAGGGCAGGGAGUGCGAGUGUGGCGCACCUGCUGCUGGGAGGCAACGAGCUGUCAGGAUCCAUCCCUGACACCCUUUCUACCGUCAGCCACCUCCUCACUCUCAACCUCUCUGCCAACCAUCUAUCUGGCUCACUGCCCUCGGGCCUGGCGGCACUGCAGCAGCUGACUGUGCUGGACGUCUCCAUCAACGCCCUCUCAGGCUCCAUCCCAUCCGCCCUCUCCUCCCUAUCCUCCCUGCAAUCUCUCAAUCUCUCCUCCAACUUGCUUUCCGGCCCAAUUCCUGCCGGACCCCUUCCGUCUUUCCCCCUUGCAUCCUAUGCCAACAACUCAGCCCUCUGUGGGGUUCCCAUCAGUGCCUCCUGCUCCGUGCCUCCGCCCCCCACCCUCCUUGCUCCGGGUGCAUCUGCCGGCCUGCCAGCGGCUGCAGUGGCAGGCAUAGUGGCAGCGAGUGUGUGCGUGCUUGCGGCAGUGGCAGCAGCAGUGUGUGCAGUGGGGAGGAGGAGGGAGGAGAAGAGGAGGAGGAAGAGGCUGAACGGGUACUUGCUGCUUGUGAAGCAGGCGCCUGUAAGAGUGACGGUGGAAGGGAUAGUGGCGGGCACCAGGAACUUCAGCGACAGCAUGCUGCUGGGGAAGGGCGGCUUUGGCAGUGUGUACAAGUGCAGUGUGCCUGGCACGCAGUGCACUCUGGCCAUCAAGAGGCUCCAUGCUGCCUCGCUGCCCCUGCCUCUCUCUGCCUCCCCCUCCACCACGCCCAUGGGCAAGGGCGGCAAAGGGGACAAGGGGGGGAAGGGGGGUUCAGGGGAGGAGGCGAGGGAGGCUGCGGAGCAGCAGGCAAACAGGGAGGUGCAGGCGGAGGUGCGGACGCUGGGGCAGCUGGAGCACCAGAACCUGGUGCGGCUGUACGGGGCGUAUGUGAAUGUGGCGGCAGGAGACAGGUGGCUCAUCUACGAGUACGUUGCUGGGGGCAGCUUGGAGGACUUGCUUAGGAGGAGGAGGGAGGUUCCACCUGGCGAAGGUUUCAACAAAUGGGAGGCGAGGUUAAGCAUUGCGAUGGGGUUGACGAAGGCACUCAAGUAUCUGCACCACGAGUGCUCGCCAUACAUCAUUCACCGCGACAUCAAGCCCUCCAACAUCCUUGUGGUGGUGGACGCAAGGGGAGCUGACGGCGGGCUAGAGGGUAGGAGUAGCGAGGGCAGCACAGUGGCGAGUGGGUCGGGAACAGGGAGCAUUAGUGGUUCAGGGGUGGGCACUGGAUCUGGUAGUGGGACUGCAAGUGGCAGUGGAGUGGGGAAUGACAGUGUCAAAGAAAUGGCCAAAGGUGCAAGUGAAACUGACAGUAACAGUGGUAGUGGUGGUGUUGCUGUGAACACUGGUGAUCGCAGCAGGGGCGCUUGCAGCAGCAUUGACAGUGCCCCUGGUAACAAGCAUGCAACAAGAGCCGAAGCUCUCUCAGCCACUUCCAAUGGUUCCACCAACUCUGCUGUCCCCUCCGCCCUCCUACGCCUCUUUCCACCCUCCAAGUCCCAACAGCCUCCCUAUGAUACCUUUUCCGCUUCUCAUCUGCCACACCACGAGUCCUUCACUCCCCAUCCUCUCUCAUCUCAGGCAUCUUCCCAUCCACUCCGCUCCCCCUCCCAUCAUCUUCCUGCCAGUGCACCCGCACUUCCCUCAUCCCAUCCCUCAUCCCUCACCCUUUCCUCUGUGUCCCUGCCUGCUGCCCAACCCACCUUCACGGUGCGAGUGGCGGACUUUGGCCUGGCACGGCAGGUGGACGUGCGGGCGUCACACAUGUCCACGGCGGUGCUGGGCACGUACGGGUACAUGGCCCCGGAGUACGCGCAGCGCGGGAGGGUCACCACGGCCACCGACGUUUUUGCUUUUGGCGUGGUACUGCUGCAGCUGGUGUCUGGGCGGUCACCGUACGACGAGGAGGUGGAGGACAGGGGCCUGGCCAGGUGGGCCUUCUCCUCGCCUGUGUCUGCUGUGCUGGACCCGCUGCUGGGCCCCACUGCACCCACCAGGGCCGUAGAGGCCGUGCUGAGACUGGCGCUGCGAUGCAUGGCGGAACAGAGCCAGAAGCGGCCGUCCAUGCUGGAUGCAUGGACGUACCUCACGAGUCUGCACGACGUGGUGGCACACAUGCAAGCACAGGGUGGGGAGGGACUGGAGCUGUCACUAGAGCAGCAGAGCAUGGCAUGGGAUUCUGGAGGGAUCGGAUCCGGGUCGACUUCUGUACUGCCUGGGAGCAGAGCAGAGAAAGAGGAAGAGAAGGGCGAGGAAGUCAGUGAAUUGCCAGUGAAUGAGACAGGGUGAAGUUGUAAUAAGAAAACUCAGGACAGCACUACUAGUCUGACCACUGAGAUAAGAGGCCACAAGGCCAGUCAGCAAGUGUAGCAAGACAAGCCGGCAUAGAACAACAAGUACAAGCACGUAUAGUAUGACUCAGAAUACAAGAAGUGGUGUUGC